CUGCUUGCUGUAAUACUGCUUGAUUUUCUAUCAAAGUUGCAGGAGGGCACACAUCAAUCAAGAAUCUCAUCUGUCUCAUGCUCAACGCUGACACCUCACAGUGUGUGGAGCCAGACCGGCACGGGAUCCCUGUCUCAACUCCUCACACACUGACCAGGACUGAGCUGCACUGCUAUGUCCAAUCUUGAUGUAACAUCAGUUUAAGACACAGAACUGUCUCACGCUCCUGUCAUUCCUGCCUGUGAUUUCCAUAUGAGAUUCCAUAUGAGAGGACCACUGACUUUCAACUUCACAUAAAAACAACAAGGACAAAAUCUAAGUUCCACAGACAGAAUAAAAAGACUUUUAAGUGUGUGUUAAGGACACAACUGAAGCUUUGUUUGUCUUGGAGCAGCUCUAGUGGCCUUUGCCAACAGCCAUGCAGGUGUCCUUUGCAUGCACGGACCACGGGCUGAAGGCCCCGCGUAACGGUGAGCACAGCAAGCAGAACGCCACCAGCCCCAACACAGCCAGCCAGGCCCGCGCCCGCUUCCGCACCGUGGCCCUGAUAGCUCGCAGCCUGGGCUCCUUCACCCACCGCUACCACCACAACCUCAAGGAGUCCACCGCCAAGCUUACCGGCAUGAAAUACCGGAACCUGGGGAAAUCUGGGUUGCGUGUCUCCUGUCUGGGGCUCGGCACAUGGGUAACAUUUGGAGGUCAAAUCUCUGAUGAGGUGGCGGAGCAGCUGAUGACUAUCGCCUAUGAGAGCGGGGUCAACCUGUUUGACACAGCUGAGGUCUACUCCGGGGGGAAAGCAGAGAUAAUUCUGGGAAACAUCAUCAAGAAAAAGUGCUGGAGGAGAUCCAGCCUGGUGAUCACCACAAAGCUUUACUGGGGAGGAAAAGCAGAGACAGAGAGAGGCCUCAACAGAAAACACAUCAUUGAAGGUUUAAAGGGCUCCCUCCAGAGGAUGCAACUUGAGUAUGUGGAUGUGGUUUUUGCCAACCGGCCAGACACCAACACUCCCAUGGAGGAGAUAGUGAGAGCAAUGACACAUGUGAUCAACCAGGGGAUGUCCAUGUAUUGGGGGACAUCCCGGUGGUCCGCCAUGGAGAUCAUGGAAGCAUACUCUGUGGCCAGGCAGUUUAACCUAAUUCCACCAGUGUGUGAGCAGGCAGAGUAUCACUUCUUCCAGAGGGACAAAGUGGAAACUCAGCUGCCAGAGCUCUACCAUAAGAUAGGUGUGGGUGUGGUCUCUUGGUCCCCUCUGGCCUGUGGAAUCAUCACUGGGAAGUACGAGAACGGCGUCCCAGAAACCUCCAGGGCCUCAAUGAAGCCAUACCAGUGGUUGAGGGAGAAAAUAAUGAGUGAGGAUGGGAAGAAACAGCAAGCCAAGCUAAAGGAACUGGCUCAUAUCGCGGAGAAGCUCGGAUGUACUUUGCCCCAGCUAGCCAUAGCCUGGUGCCUGAGGAACGAGGGAGUGAGCUCAGUGUUGCUUGGAUCCUCCAAUCCAAGCCAGCUAACAGAGAACUUGGGAGCCAUACAGGUAAUUCCAAAGAUGACAGCAGGCAUUGCCACAGAAUUGGAUCAUAUACUGGGAAAUCGUCCUCAAAGUAAAAAGGACUACCACCAUUAGGAUGGACCCUGUUUUAGUGAACCAUGCUCAGAUAGCUUAUCAAAGCUCCCUUCUCACAGCCAUGGCACCAUAAGUUCGUGCCCAACUUUGCUUGUGUGCGCGUAUGACUGUAUGUGUGACUAUGUAAAGUGCUCUGCUUGGCUCCUCGUCUGUCCGAAGAUCAACUGGUACUCAUUAUGGUAAAGUGAGCUACUUGAUAAAACAUGCAUGCUACAGCUAUAGCAGCUGGCAAGUGGACUGAACAACUGUUAGAAGAACCAGCAAGAGGAUUUCUGGAAUUAAAUUUGCUUCCGCUCUAGCAACCUUGUGUACAAGCUGCUGCGCCCCAAAUUUAAAGAAGCAAAAGAUUAGAUGGAGAAAUUAAAACAUAAGUUGACUGACACUAGGCUGGGCCAGUUACAGAACUAAUAUGAUUUUCUGAAUUAGGGUGUCAAUGUAUCAAUAAAAGAAAACUUAAGAGGUAUUAUCCACAAAGUAUAAGGUCAUAGCAGUGCAGCAACUACAUGAAUAUGAAAUACAUGUACACAGUGUUCCAGAAAUCUACCUAGAUGUUCGUGAUGUGAAAAAAAUUAAUGAUGACUUUUGUAAUUGGGCCUGGUCUCAGCAGACUGGAUCAUAAUGCUAACACUUCCAUUGCAGCUGGAGCUGACCUGGCAACAUGAUGAAUUGUUUCAGUACUGGAUGAACUGAAAUUCUGCUAAAAAUGUUGUCGCAAGAGAGCUAAGUUAAACUAAAAUAUGUUUCAAAACAUUUGUACUGACUGUUAUAUAUUUUCCUUACUAAGCAGCUAUGUCAGAAUUAUAUUUUCAUCUUCUCCUUUUUUUUUCUUUUUCACUUAUGCAAAAGUACAGCAUUGUGUGCUUUCCUAUUAUGCUCCUUCAACAUCUUUUCAUUUGGACUAUGCCAGACUUUCUGUCAGUAAUGAUAAUGUCUGACUCAUUUAAUUUCAGUCUGUGUUGUGGAUAAAACAAAGACAUGUAGCUAAUGAAGGGAGUCAUUAAACCAUAUGGACCCCUGCAGUCAUUGCACCUGGAACACGCUUACCCAACCCCCCCCCUCCCCGAUGCCAGUUUUACAUAAUCAGAUGUUAUGUCCUGUCUGUUCAAACAUGCAUUUUGGUGUUGUUCAUCAGAUUUGUACGUAAAAAUAAAUGACGCUAUAAUUCUCAUGUGA